AUGUCUUCUGAUUCUUUUGCAGUGAAAUUCACGGGUAAGAACUAUUCUGCUUGGGAAUUUCAAUUUCAUUUAUUUGUUAUGGGGAAAGAGUUAUGGGGUCAUAUUGAUGGGAGUGAUAAAGCUCCUACUGAUGUUUCUAAACUGACUCAGUGGCAGACCAAAGAUGCUCAGGUGAUGACAUGGAUUUUAGGAUCAAUGGAUCCUAUUAUUGUUCUUAAUCUAAGGUUAUAUGUGACUGCUAAAUCUAUGUGGGAAUACUUAAAAAAAGUAUAUAAUCAAGAUAAUAUUGCUCGACGUUCUCAAUUAGAGUACGAGAUUGCUAGUUAUACUCAAGGAGAUCUCUCCAUUCAAGAUUUUUUUUUUGGAUUUAAUAAUAUCUGGGCAGAAUUUACUGACAUUAUUUAUGUCAAAGUACCGGAAGAAUCUCUCUCAGUUGUGCAGGAAAUUCAUGCGCAAAGCAAGCAAGAUCAAUUUUUAAUGAAGUUACGACCUGAAUUUGAAGCCACUUGCUCUAAUUUGAUGAAUCGCAAUCCCAUGCCAUCUUUGGAUGUCUGUUUUGGGGAGUUACUUCGUGAGGAGCAACGACUUACCACCCAGGCCACUUAUCAGCACGACAAAAUGAUAUCCAAUGCAGUGGCUUAUGUUGCUUAA